AUGUCUGCUGUAAACCCUGCCCAAUGGGAUGCUUUAGGUAUCCAAACAGCUUAUGAUGAAGCUGUUAAAGGUGCUUCUGAAAAUGGUGUUCCAAUCGGUGGUUGUUUAAUCAAUCAUGAAGAUGGUAAAAUCUUAGGUUCAGGCCAUAACAUGAGAUUCCAAAAGGGUUCUCCAACUUUGCAUGGUGAAAUUUCCACUCUAGAAAACUGUGGUAGAUUAAGUGGUAAAGUUUAUAAAAACACUACUUUAUACACUACUUUAUCCCCAUGUGACAUGUGUACUGGUGCUAUUAUCAUGUACGGUAUUCCAAGAGUUGUUAUUUGUGAAAAUGUCAACUUCAAGAGUCCAGGUGAAGAAUAUUUAAAGCAAAGAGGUGUCGAAGUUGUUGUUGUUGACGACGAAAAAUGUAAAACCAUUAUGAAGAAAUUUAUUGAUGAAAGACCAAGUGAUUGGUUUGAAGAUAUCGGUGAAUAA